AUGAUCGCUGUCGAAGCGUUCACGGUGCGCGUACCGCACGUCAAUGGAGCACCUGCUGGCGCCGCGCCAAGUCCUGGACAGGAUGACGACGAUCUCGCCAAUGAAACGCUAUUUUUCGAGCGUAAUCGUAUCAAACAACUGCAAGAUGAGCGUGUUCAUAUCCAAAAGAAGACAUUCACGAAGUGGUGCAACUCCUUUCUGAAUCGG